AUGACAAGGCAUCUAAUGCCGGUGAUGGCGAUUCUGUUGGCUCGCUUCAAAGGCAAUGUCAAUUGUAUUAUUCAUUUGAUAAAAAUUCCUCAAUAUUUUGACUUUGAUAAUACAAUUGACAUGGAAGAUCUGCAUUUAAGGAAUUUAUUGGGCGCUCUGCAAGUCAUCGCCCAGGAUUCUGCAGACGCAAUAGUGCUGGACAACUGCAGCAAUACUUUGUAUUGCCUUUCUAAAAGGGCAAGAAGUAUUGUUGCAGAUUGCGAUGCCGCCAUUAAGACCAUUGUAGACAAAUGCGCAUUCGUAUAUAUGGAGCCAUAUCUUACAUGGCAAAAGGAAUUUAAAGUCUUCAGGAAUGGCGUCAUUGAAAGAAAUCUCCCUAUCGAGGGAUCGAUAUACUGCCUACUUUCUUACGGCGCAUAUUUAUCUUGGGCAUUGAUCGAAGUGAAAAAAAUGGAUUUAAAUAAUAUGGUCGUUAAUGCUAUCGCUUGUAUGGAACGAGCCGAUAUGUUAAAGUUAAAAUUAAAAAAUUAUUUUGAAAUCUGCAAGGACAUUGUAAAAAAUGUCACUUAUAAUGAUCUGCAACAAGCUGCCUUGAUUGCAAUAUGUUCAUUAGCCGCAAAUUUCAAUCGAGAACUGGCCGAACAUCAAAACCCGAUACUACACGAUUUGGUUUUAAAACUAAGCUCGGAUGACGUUAUGUUAAUCAAUAAGUAUGCAGAAGAGUAUGUUUUCUCAAAAGAUUGGACAGGAAGACACGAAGAAGAUGAAGUGCAAAUAAACAAACGUCGUGAAGUCUUGGAGCGUUUUUGUAAACUUAUUGAACUUAAUAUCAUACCAGUUACUAGCGCAUCCUUUGUUUUAAAGUAUUAUGUGAAGUGUGAAAAAUGCUAUGGAGAUAUCAUAAAGAAAAUGGUCGCCACGAUGGGCAGCCUCAGCAGGACAAAUUGCACCAUGGUCAUGUUCCUGAGUUUGGCGAAAAUUUAUGUGCAGGUGGAGGGUUCAUGUGCUGGCGAUGUGCUUAAUAAAACUGUCGAAGGAUUUGUGCAGCUAAAGACUUUGGCCGCACAUCUAGCAAAGUUCUUGGGCACAAACAAACUGAAAAAUCGACAAGCAGUAGGCAAGCUGCACGAGGCUGGAAUUUUGUUUGCGGUUGGACAAAGUGAUAGCCCGAAUGUGCCUCCAGAUCGGUUACCAUUUUUAGAAAUAUUAACCAAAUUUUCAGCAAAGCUUGACGAAGAGGAUAGAUCUUCUGUGUGA